CCUCCGCUGCUCCGUCCGCUCGGCCUGCCUGCCCAUCAUGGAGCGCGGUCGGGGCCCGCGGGGCUCGGCGGUGGACCUGGGCUUCGGGGCGCUCAGCACCGCGCAGCUCCGCGCCCUCAUGCGGGACGAGACGUGGCUGGAGCGGAUCGUCAAGCUGAGCAGGAAGUUUCAGAACCUGCAGGCAGAGCGGGAGAGGCGCCUGGGCUCCAACUACGCCCUGGCCAAACAGAACCUGGCACUGCAGCCCCGGCUGGAGAACGGCAAGACCGCUUUGGCCAUCAAGUACCAGGAGCUGCGGGAGCUGCGCGAGGCCUGCCGGGACAAGCAGCAGCGCCUGGGUGCCUGUAUGGCAAAGUGGACUCCUGAGAACGCCAUGAGCAGGCUGCAAGCUGAGCUGGACAGCGUGGAGGCCAAAGUGGAGGAGCAGAUGGAGCAAUUCCUGUGUUGGGACCUUCCCGUGGAGACCUUUGUGGACUCGUUCCAGCACACCCGCAUGCUCUCGCACCUCCGUCGCACCCAGCUGGAGAAACUGCAGGGGGCCCUGAAGAUGGAGAAGGAAAAGGCCAAGGAUAAGGCGAGCCCCAGCGGCGAGGAGCAGCCUGCAAUCUCCCCAGCACUUCCAGCUCCACCGACUUCAGCACAAGCCGCACCGGUGCAGAACGGGCCACCUCCCAAGGUCUUCCAGCUCCGCCUGGCGCCGGCGUUCUUGAUCCCCUCGGAGGCUGUGCUCCCAAUCCCCGUGGCAGCGGCCCCACAAAAGUGCUGCCUGCCAACCCUGGCCACCUCGCACCCCGCAGCUCCCUUUGUGAGCUCUCCCUUGAGUCUGAUUGGACACAUCCACUUGGCACAAGCCCACCUGCCUCACCAGCAGAAGAAGAAGGAGCCGCCUCACCGGUAGCUGCUACAGCGCCGAUGGACCAUUUUUACCGGAGCCUCUGCCACAAGAGAGGACGUGCCAGAGUCUGAGGUGCGACACCAGCCCGCCAACAACUCUGCCCUCCCAGGCUUGCCCGGAGCUGGGGGUUGGGGUGGGAUGGGACAAGACUGUGGCAGAGAGUUCCUGGUCCUCUCUGGCUGCCAAGUGUCACAUGGGAUUUAGACACUCGCCCGCACCAUCUCCGCCUCACCAUCCCUUUGGGCAGCCUGCCUGGCUAGGGCUGUAAAGCGUCAUUGUAAGUAUUGGUGCCAGAGACUGGAGAGGGGGCGUUGCCCUCCCCCCUUCCCAACCUUAGAAACUAGGAAAGUCUACAUAGCCUCAUCCCUCUUCUUAUUUGGGGACCCUACAAUCAUUCUGCACCCAUUCAAUGUCAGAAAGAGAGAGAGAAAUGUGCAGGCUGUUCCUGGCUUUCCCUCCCUGCUUCAGUGCACUGGAUGCUGGGUGGGAGCGCCCUCAGGCAGGGCAGCCCCUCCUCCGGACACGGCCUGCCAACGGAUCUCGCCUGUAGCACAAGCGCCUCCAUUUUGGUAGUGAGCAGACAAGCAGGAACAGAGCACAGCACAUUUUGCGGGGUGGGCGACAGGAAUUGGGGGGGCAAUGGCAGAGACACAGGCAGAGGUGCUGUUUGGAGGGGGGAUAGUUUUUGAAACGGGAAGCUGCC